CUUAAAGCGUGCGGCCGGAGGAGGGCGAGCGUAGUCAGGGCUGGGGCGGGGCGGUGUGGUGUGGGGUGGGUUUCCCGCGGUACUGGCGGUAGCUCGCUGUGCUUGCUCGCCUGACAGCCAGCAUGUCCCGGGAGCCCGAGAUCAUGGAGUCGCAGGUGAUGUGGGAGCCUGACACGAAGCGCAACACCCACAUGGACCGGUUCCGCGCCGCCGUGGCCAGCAGCUGCGGGCUCCGCCUGGCCAACUACAAUGACUUAUACCAGUGGUCAGUGGAAUCCUUCUCAGACUUCUGGGCAGAAUUCUGGAAGUACAGUAACAUUGUAUGUUCUCGCCUGUAUGAUGAGGUGGUUGAUACAUCCAAAAGUAUUGCAGAUGUCCCGGAAUGGUUUAAAGGCAGCCGUCUGAACUAUGCAGAAAAUCUUCUGAAGCACAAGGACAAUGACAAGAUUGCACUGUAUGCAGCAAGUUACUUACCAAACAGCAUUCAUGCGGUGGAAGCAAUGCUCGCUGCUGCAAGUAUUGGUGCUAUCUGGAGUUCAACAUCACCGGACUUUGGCAUUAACGGUGUACUGGACAGAUUUUCCCAAAUUCAGCCUAAGCUCAUCUUCUCUGUUGAAUCCGUUAUAUACAAUGGCAAAGAACAUAACCACCUGGAAAAGCUGCUCAGUGUGGUGAAAGGGCUUCCAGAUGUAAAAAAAGUGGUGGUGAUUCCGUAUGUCUCCUCAAGGGAAGCCAUAGAUAUUUCUAAGAUUCCAAACAGUGUCUUUUUAGAAGACUUCCUUGCUACCGGGAAAGGAGACCAGGCCCCUCAGCUGGAGUUUGAACAGCUGCCUUUCAGUCAUCCUCUCUUUAUCAUGUAUUCGUCAGGCACAACAGGGGCACCAAAAUGCAUGGUUCAUUCAGCAGGGGGUACGCUAAUACAGCAUCUGAAGGAACACAUUCUUCAUGGCAACAUGACCAGCAAUGACGUUCUUAUGUACUAUACAACGCAACAAGGAUAUUCCUGCCUCUAAUUUCACGAUUCAUGAAGUCCACUGCAGCAGAUUUCUUGCAGCGUGCCAGUACUGCGAGGUUUACAUCCCAAUUUCGGAAAUGAAGAACCAUUUUG